UUUUUAGGGGAAAGCCAAAUAUUCAUCUGGCCACACUGCUACGUUUGCCGUGCUGUCACUUUAGCUGAUGCAAUUUUAGUUUUUCCACUAAAUUAAAGUUAUUUGCUAGCCAACGAGUAUUUAUAGAGCAAAAUCACAAUGGACGCGGAAGACGGUUUUGAUCCCACUUUGUUGAAAAAGAAGAAGAAGAAGAAGACCACCUUCGAUCUGGACGCUGCGUUAGGUCUAGAAGACGAUAGCAAGAAAGAGGAUCCCCUAGAUGAAGCGUCGGCGGAUGCAGGUGCCGCUGAACUGGAGGACAACCUAGAUCUGGAGAGUUUUGGCAAGAAGAAGAAAAAGAAGAAGAAGCCUUUCAAUAUGGACGAGAUUGAAGCGGCAGUGCCGAGCUUCGGUGGCGACGAUGCAACAGCGGCCACGGAGGAGCCCGAGGAGGAGGAGAUCAAUCUGGAUAUGGACUUUUCGAUGGCUAAAAAGAAGAAGAAGAGCAAGAAGAAGGAUCUGGACGAGCUGUUUGCCGACAAGUUGGAUGAAGACAAGGGCGAGGACAAAGAAAAUGUGGAAGACAAUAGUUCAACCUGGGCUGGUUCCGAUCGUGACUACACAUAUGACGAGUUGCUGAAGCGCGUCUUCGAAAUCAUUCUCGACAAGAAUCCGGACAUGGCCGCCGGUCGCAAGCCCAAGUUUGUGAUGCGUCCGCCCCAGGUGCUGCGCGUCGGUACCAAGAAGACCUCCUUUGCCAACUUCAUGGACAUUGCGAAAACGCUGCAUCGCCUGCCCAAACAUUUGCUAGACUUUUUGCUGGCCGAGUUGGGAACGAGCGGCUCCAUGGACGGCAACCAGCAGCUGAUUAUUAAGGGUCGCUUCCAGCCCAAACAGAUCGAGAACGUACUUCGGCGCUACAUCAAGGAGUAUGUCACCUGUCACACCUGCCGCUCUCCGGAAACGAUACUGCAGAAGGACACGCGUCUAUUCUUCCUGCAGUGCGAGUCGUGUGGUUCCCGCUGUUCGGUGGCCAGCAUUAAGUCAGGUUUCCAGGCUGUCACCGGCAAACGUGCCGCAAUUCGAGCAAAAACAACCUAAAUUCUCCUUAUUUAACAAAAUGCUUGAUUUUUUAUUAC